CCUUCCUCCCGGUGAUGGAGGAAGAGGAGGCCGAGGUGGGGAAGAUGAAGCAGUUCCACGGCGGGAUCGCGGUGGGGGUUGGCGGCGGGGCCGGCGGGGCCGGCGGGGCCGGGCUGGAUCCUGAGCGCGGCCGCUUCCCUUACUGCGUCGUGUGGACGCCCAUCCCCGUGCUCACUUGGCUGUUCCCCAUUAUUGGUCACAUGGGUAUUUGUACCUCGACUGGAGUCAUCCGGGACUUUGCAGGGCCUUACUAUGUCUCUGAAGACAACAUGGCUUUUGGGAAGCCUGUGAAAUACUGGAAGCUGGAUCCCAGCAAAGUGUAUUCUUGUGGCCCUAAUGCUUGGGAUACUGCAGUGCAUGAUGCCUCUGAGGAAUACAAGCACCGUAUGCACAACCUCUGCUGUGACAACUGCCACUCCCACGUAGCACUGGCCUUAAACCUCAUGAGAUACGACAACAGCACGUCCUGGAAUAUGGUCAAACUUUGCUUCCUUUCUUUGAUAUAUGGCAAAUAUGUAAGCAUAGGGGGCUUUGUGAAGACCUGGCUCCCCUUCAUCCUCUUUUUGGGGAUUAUCCUGAUAGUCAACUUGACUCUUCAUUUGUCAUGAUGGAUGACACCAGUGUCCCUGUUCCCCUUUUGAAGUCAGAUGUUGAAAACGGUGGCUUUUCAACUCAAUAAAUCCCGGAGCAGCGUACCCUGGAAGCCCUUGGAAAAGACAUUCGUUUGUGCUUUGUAACAACUCUUCCUUUACUCUUUCAUCAUUCUUGCCUUUGAACGUUCAGGGAUUGGGGUGGGCAGGGGGAAAGCCCUGCACCUUGGCUCUCACCAAAGUUCCCUUGUGACUGAAGGUUCCUGUGUGAAAAUAAGCACGGGCUUGGGUUUGCAAGCUGGCUCCGGGGCUUGUUGCAGAGUUCCCUGGUCUCUCAUGAAGUGAUCCCGGAACGUCCUUAAUGGAAGUGGUGGUCAAGAGUGUCUCUGCAUGGUGAGUGGGGGUGGAGAGGGUGUUCUGUUUGCUUGCACUUUGACUGGUAAAUUGCUGCAUUCUUGGCUGUACUCCUUUCCUACAGCUGGGUGCCUCGAUAUUGGCAACUUCACAACAGAAGGAUGGCCACACUGCCCAUGCACAUUUGGAAUGCUGUGCCUAAGAUGUUAGCUUCACUGUCUGCUUUUGCAGAUAGUCGUUUGGCACAGAGUGGGGCUUGCAUCCUCUUGUUUGUUGCACAAAAGGUGCAUGUUCUCAUUCCUCUUUUUUUAAUGUGAUGUACUAGGAAACAUUCUAUUAAAAGCAGCUAGUUUUUCUCAAUCUCCCACCAGCUCAAGCUGUCACUUGCACAGUUGUCAAAGGUGGCCUUGUGUGGUCCCUGCAAAGUUUUCUUUGAGAGAUCUGUUAAGAUAGUCUAGUUCUCUCGAUUGAACCACAGUCUCCAAAGUUCUCUCUGUGUGUCUUUGUGUCAAAGAGGUACAGUCUGACAGUUAAAUGAUUUGGUUUUUAUAUAGAUAUGUGCUAUACUGUGCCUUGGAAAAGACCGGAAGCAUAAACCACAUGAGGUAAAUGCUUGGUUUUUCCCACCAAGUGUAUUCAAGUUAGAAGCCCUGCUAGUACCGAGUCUCUGCUUGGAGGAAGAGAAUAAUUCAUUCUAGGCCCAUGUUCCCCAAACUGCUUCUAGGAAGCUUAGGAACAGUUGGGAAUCCUGUGUGUUUACCACUUGCUGUCCAUUUCUGGCUUCCAAACAGACCAUUUUGGCCCAUGGCCUUAACCAUGUUCCAGUAAAAGAGGCAACCUCUUUUGCCUCCUCCUCUUUAACUGAAGGGAGCAUUAAAGGUUGCUCUGCUCUUGUUCCUCCCCUUGCCCCUUCCCUGUGCUAAUCGCCAUCCACCCCCGUCCUCUUCACCACACCUCCUGGCAUGCCAGUUGCUUUGUGCUGUGCUAAGGAGAGGCAUUGUCUCAUGCCCUACACCUGUGGUUGAGCAGAUCCUCUCAGUGUCUUUGUUGCAUUCAACCAUUUUGAGCAUGAACAAAUGGCAGCUUUUGAGAGCCAAUCAAUAAACUUGAGGCUGGUUAGAGAUCAGAGGUCUUACAUCAAAGUGAAUGCAUGUGGCGUUUCCAUCAAGCUAUCCCUGAGCUGUUUCACGUACUCCCCAGCAGGGAUUCUAGUUCUUAUGGAAAUAAUAGACCAAGUCUAUUGAAUUGAGAAACUACACACACAAUCCUUUUUGCUUUCAUUUUUCCUCCCCCUUUCAGUGACUUGCCAAAAAGAGCUCCAGGAAGCCCAAAUGAUUCCCAGACCUCACACUCAAAGCCAACUUCCUUUCUACAGUAGCAUCACUCUUAACUUGUCUUUUGAGUUAAUUAAAAAGUGUUUUGCUGACAUAAUGAAACGAUACCAGCAUUGCCAAAAUAGAAGGCUGGCAGUGGUAACAGAAAGAGCAGAGUUAGAAAUAAUAUUCCUUCCCCCCCCCCCCACUCUGGCAACCUUUCGUUUUUCCAUAAUAGGUGUUCCAAGGUCUGUAUUCUAGAACAAGCUGUUUGGUGAUAAAUUGACAAACCCGAAGAAGAAAUUGAGGGGCAAAACAAAGACAGUUUAAUGCAGCUGUGGGUCAAAUGUGCUUUCCUGUUGAUGGACCAAGGCUGCAGUGGCCAGGAAGGCUUAGCUUGUCUUGAUCUCACUGGAUUUUGAGUUGUCCUUAAGGGACGGCCAUGAUCGGCACAAUGAGAUGAUGGAAAGCAGUUGUCCUAUUUCGAUCUCUGUAGCCCUCCUCGUCCCCUGAUUAAAGGCCUUCUGCAGUAAUUGCUUCAGUGGGUGUUGGUCAUGGACUCGACACGGCACCCAUGGCUGUCGUCGUGUCUGUAAUGGUGGUGCUACUGAAAGAAGCUUCUGAAAAGGUAUUGGCAAAACCAUGUGAAAAUGUGGGUGAAGCGGGACACACAGUGGAAGAAUUGUACUCAUGACAUCUUCACUCUCAGCCCAAAUAGUACAGCCAAGGGAAGGGCCCUCCUCUCCCAGCGCCUGCCGAAUUAAGUGCCUGCCUUCAAACCAUUGUGUUGCAGUUUACGGACGGUUUUUUGGACUGUCUUGUGAGUUAAAAACUCCUCUGUGGAAAGCAUUCCUAUGCAGGGAUUUUAGAAUAAGUGAGUCAGUCCUGACUUGCAGAGCAAUGGGUUUGUUGGUGUCUGUACAUGCAUGUGCACACAGCCCUCGGCUGCAGAUUCAUGUCAAAAAUGUACGGGGUGUGAAGCCACAGCAAGAAACUUGCACAUCGUCUCGCCAUAUGCAAUAAUCUGCUUAUUCGCACUGGUUUUCAUACUCAUGUCGGCAUAGGAAUGUCCUUCCUGUAAGCAUUGUUGUGAGGUGCAAUUUACUUCUCCAAGGUUUUAUUCUUGACCUGUUACCUCCCACUUUGAGACACCCUGGCUGUGUAUAUAUACAUAUAUAUAGGGGGGCACCUCUUUUCCAUUCCCCUUUUGUUCAGACUGCUAUUUCCCUAGCAGGGCUUCAGUGAUCCCCCGCUUGGGGUUCCCCUGUCUCCCCCCACUUCUUUUCCCUUCACCGGUGAUUUAGGCAGGUGGGCCUCUGUCCUUCAACUGGAUUCGCCGGGGGUGCUGGGUUCCUUUGUACAUACUGAACUCUGCUGCUGUGAUUUCAUAAUCCUGAUGAUGGUGAGAAAUAAAUGCUUUUCUGUGAAUGUC